AUUAUCUGGUAGCGUUGAGUCCCACUGUUCAAAAAUUUUCGUGCUCCAAUCCACUGAAAUCUACCCCGGCUGCCCACCUCACCGCAUCCGACCUUUUUUAUAGAGGAUUUCUUGUUUGAGUCACCGUCAUCCUCAUGUAGUGUUUUGUUUUAGCUGUUACUGUCACGCUUGACACACUGCAGUUCAGUCUCUCAGAUCAAAACCCUGCAACACUAGCAUUCUUUGUGAGUGUCUGUGUUGUGUUCCAGCUUAGCUUACUUUUGAUCUUUAAACACAAACCCUUGAAGAAGAAGAAACCUGUUUGUGGGCAUCCAAAUGUGCUGCAUUUAGUCAAAAGCAGAUCACAUUCAGAUGGGUCACCUUAACUUACCUGCAUCUAAGCGCAACGCCCGUCAAUGGAAACUCCUAGACAUAGUCACCGCCAGUUUCUUCGGAUUAGUCCUUUUGUUCUUCCUCCUAGUCUUCACUCCACUCGGCGAUUCUCUUGCCGCAUCGGGCCGACAGGCUUUGCUUCUUUCCACUUCCGAUCCACGUCAGCGCCAGAGAUUGGUGGCUUUAGUUGAGGCCAGUCACCGCCAUAAACCUAUCGAGUCCUGUCCUGCUGACUCAGUAGAUUACAUGCCGUGUGAGGAUCCGAGGCGCAAUAGCCAACUCAGUAGAGAAAUGAAUUUCUAUAGAGAAAGGCAUUGUCCCUUACCCGAUGAAACCCCGCUUUGUUUGAUUCCUCCUCCCGAUGGCUAUAGAGUUCCUGUUCACUGGCCUGAGAGCUUGGGCAAGAUAUGGCAUGCCAACAUGCCAUACAAUAAAAUUGCAGACAGAAAAGGUCACCAAGGUUGGAUGAAAGAAAGUGGCCUUUAUUUCAUUUUUCCUGGUGGCGGCACCAUGUUCACCGAUGGUGCCGACAAAUACAUUGACAAAUUGAAACAGUACAUUCCCAUAAAUGGGGGAAGUCUGAGGACUGCCCUUGAUAUGGGAUGUGGGGUUGCCAGUUUUGGGGGAUCUUUGUUGGCGGAAGAUAUUUUAACUCUCUCCUUCGCUCCCAGAGAUUCGCACAAAGCGCAGAUACAGUUUGCAUUAGAAAGAGGGAUACCAGCAUUUGUUGCCAUGCUUGGCACACGCAGACUUCCGUUUCCUGCCUUCUCAUUUGAUUUUGUACAUUGCUCUCGAUGUUUGAUUCCAUUUACUGCCUAUAAUGCCACUUAUUUCCUUGAGGUGGAUCGAUUACUUAGGCCUGGUGGAUACCUAGUCAUCUCUGGUCCCCCAGUACAGUGGCCUAAACAAGACAAGGAGUGGGCAGACCUCCAGGCUGUGGCAAGAGCCUUGUGUUAUGAGUUGAUUGUUGUUGAUGGAAACACUGUCAUUUGGAAGAAGCCUGUCGGAGAAUCAUGUCUGCCCAACCAGAAUGAGUUUGGGCUUGAAUUGUGUCAAGAAUCAGAUGAUCCAAGUUAUGCAUGGUAUUUCAAGUUGAAGAAAUGUGUCAGUAGGACUUCUUCUGUGAAAGGAGAAUAUUCUAUUGGGACAAUCCCAAAGUGGCCAGAGCGGCUAGCAAGAAUUCCUUCAAGGGCCUGGGUCAUUAAAAAUGGGAAUGAUGUAUUUGAGGCUGACACAAGGCGAUGGACUAGAAGAGUUGCUUACUAUAAGAAAUCUUUGAACGUGAAGCUAGGAACUCCAGCUGUACGCAAUGUCAUGGAUAUGAAUGCAUUUUUUGGAGGUUUUGCCGCAGCAAUUGCAUAUGAUCCUGUCUGGGUGAUGAAUGUUGUUCCUGCUUGCAAACCAUCAACUCUCAGUGUAAUUUAUGACAGAGGCCUUAUUGGAGCCUAUCAUGAUUGGUGUGAGCCUUUUUCAACAUAUCCCCGUACUUAUGAUCUAAUCCAUGUCGCUAGUAUUGAAUCACUAAUAAGAAGUCCAGGGUCAAGGAAGAACAGGUGUAGCAUAGUAGAUUUGAUAGUUGAGAUGGAUCGAAUGUUGCGUCCGGAGGGAACAGUUAUUAUUCGAGAUUCUCCUGAAGUCAUUGACAAAGUAAGCCGUGUAGCUCAUGCUGUAAGGUGGACAACUGCCAUACACGAGAAAGAACCGGAAUCAAAUGGGCGAGAGAAAAUUCUUGUUGCAACCAAAAAUUUUUGGAAGGUACUUUCAACAUCUCUCUGAAAGAAGUUUUAGUGUUUGUAAUGAUAGGUAUUAUUUGUUUCUUGUCAAUUUUUUUUACUUAAUUGAAGCCAAGAUGUGGUCUCCAUUACAUCUAAAAAUGUAGCCUGCUUACUUGUUCCA